AUUGAAGUGAUCGCAAGUAUUGGGUGAAAGCUGAAACCCCGUAAUAUGAGUGCAUUUUACGCCCAUUCCCUUCACGGCUUCAUCCUGUAACUCUGUAACUGCACACACUCCUAAACUCCUCCGUUUCACUUUCACCUCCCUUUUCUCCAUUUUCAUAAGUUUUCAUUUUCUACAAAUAUACCCACAAAUUAAGACAACUACGACUGUCUUCUUCAUCACAUUUCUUCUCUUUUGCAUUACCCAUCAAUGCAAAUUCUUUCGGAUUUAAUCUAGUUUCUCAAUUCUCAAUUCCGGAUUCUUGAAAUUCUCACUGGUGUGUAAACCCUCAGAUUUUUUUGGAAAAAAAGAGGGUUUAAUUUCUUGAGAAAUCAAAUGAUUGAUUGGUUGUGUUUUGGGUGGAGGAAGAGGAGAAAUUAUGAGGAAUUCAAUGGGGACAAAUUUCAAUCUUUUAAAAAUCCCACCAUCUCUGAUCGUAAUCCGGCAGCCAAUAAACAUGAGAUGAAAGCGGAGGCAGACUCCAAAAACCAGUCCCCUGCUACUAAUAAUGUAAGCCAUAGUCAAGAUAAAGCUAGAGUAUUCAACUAUAGAGAACUUGCUACUGCAACAAGAAACUUUCACCCGGACACUUUCCUUGGAGAAGGUGGAUUUGGGUCUGUUUACAAGGGAAAUCUUACGGGUACUAGUGAGGUUGUGGCUGUUAAAAAGCUUAAUCCAUCAGGUCUUCAAGGUGAGAAGGAGUUUUUAGUGGAGAUUCUGAUGCUUUCUCUUCUGCGCCACCCACAUCUUGUUCAGAUGAUUGGCUACUGUGCUGAAGGCAGUCAGCGACUUCUUGUACUUGAAUUCAUGCCUAUGGGAUCCCUGGAAACUCAUCUUCAUGAUCUUCCACCUGAUAAGGAACCAAUAGACUGGAAGACAAGAAUGAAAAUUGCAGCUGGUGCAGCUAAAGGAGUGGACUACCUGCAUAAUGAAGCAAAACCAUCUGUUAUUUACAGAGACUUAAAACCAUCAAACAUUUUGCUAGAUAAUGAGUUCAAUCCGAAACUUUCUGACUUUGGGCUUGCAAAAUUUGGUCCAGUUGGAGAUAAUUCCCAUGUCUCCACUAGAGUCAUGGGUACCCAUGGUUAUUGUGCUCCUGAGUAUUUUUUAACUGGUAAAUUAACAGCAAAGUCUGAUACAUUCAGUUUCGGGGUGGUCUUGUUGGAGCUUAUUAGUGGACGUAAGGCAGUUGAACCAACUCGCCAUGGUGGUAGAACUUCUCUUGUUGAUUGGGCACGUCCGCUUUUGAAAGAUCCCAAAAACAAUUUGCAGUUAGUAGAUAGCCGUCUGAGAGGGCAGUUUUCUGUGUCUUCACUGCGCAAGGCUGUAGAGGUUGCAGCCAUGUGCCUCAGAGAGGAAGCCAAUGCUCGGCCCACCAUGCAUGAAGUGGUAAUUGCCAUGGACUAUUUGAUAUCCAAGAAGCAUGUUCGUACACGUAGUGAAUCUGAAGGAGUUUCUAUAGACAUUGGCCCUAACCCUGGAGAAACAGCCAAGACAUUGAACCCACCUGAUGUUAAUAGAGAGCAGGCUGUAGCAGAGGCCAAAAUGUGGGGAGAGAAAUGGAGAGAGAAGAGACGACAAAGUGCAGGUGGUAGCUCUGAUGAUGGCUUAAGCAGUUGGGUGGCACAAAUGCACUAGGCAUUGUAGCAGUGGCUCGAUCAAGUCCAAAGAACCUGGAGUAUUUUCGAAUGGUGGCAUUGUAUCUUGAAGGAAAUUAGGAGUUGUCGAAGAAGAAAAUGAUACAAAAUUCAGUUCAGUACAGUUCUGUUUUUUUUUUUUUUUCUUUUCAAAAGAAUCUAGGAUGUAGAAUAGAAUAGCAAAAUCCAUGCCAUUGUCAAGUGUCCAUUGUGGCAUGCAUCUAGUCUGAAGAUGGUUUAGCUUAUAUUUCUGUCCUUGUCUUAAGAUGUACUGUGCAGGAAAUACUGAAUGAUAUACUUCAAGAGUUAGAUUAAAUACACAACUUUUUGGUAA